AUGAAAGGGCCGGCAAGACAGACACCGCGGGCGAGGCGAAUGCAGGCGAGGCCAAUGCGGGCGAGUCGAAAAGCGCGCAUGGCACAUGGGGUCUGUUCAUGCCACAAGGUGAAGGCGGGCUGGGAAUCCACAGUCUCCGUGAUAUUCUCUCAGACGAGCGAAUUGCAGCCCAUUUGGCUGCCAUGCUGCCCGCGCAGGCCGCGCGCUAUGCCUCUUUGUUGCCUCCGUCGGUGUCCCCACAGGCUUCAGACAUGCUCCGUGUUGUGCGCAGUGGCUUUUUCCACCGCGCGCGCGACGAAUUGUCGAGCGCCCUUUCGCACCACAAUGUGGGUGCGCUUCUUGCACAUACUUGGGGUUAUCCUUACGCGGGCGAGGGCAUUGAGCCGUUUCUUCGAGGCCUCCGCGCGUCUGAGGUUCCAGAAGAGGAACCUCCAAGAGAAACAGAAGUGGAAAAGAAAGAGGAGAUGUAAUAUCCGCGAGGUGUAUGGCAGGACACGUUUCAUUUUGCGAGUUUGUUGCCCGGAAAGGGCACUUUUGUCAAAUAAUGCUUCGGAGAGCAACAUGCAAUAG